AUGGAGCCCGAGCUGGCGGCCCAGAAGCAGCACCGGCCGCGGAGGCGAAGCCGUCGAGCCUCCGGACUCAGCUCGGAUGGCGCCGCUGGGCCUGCAGACCCUCGGGGGCCCGAGCCUGAGGACAUCCGGGACCCCGGGCCUGCUGACACCCCGGUGCCGGAGCCUGACGGCAGAUAUUCCCUUCGGCGAGGUAGCUCCUUCACAUUCUUAACACCUGGCCCCCACUGGGACUUUACUUUGAAAAGGAAACGAAGAGAGAAAGAUGAUGAUGUUGUAAGCCUUAGAAGCCUUGAUCUGAAGGAGCCAAGCAAAAGAGUUCGACCUCUAGCUCGGGUCACAUCCUUGGCAAAUUUAAUCUCUCCUGUAAGAAAUGGAGCAGUCCAUCGCUUUGGUCAGACAAUACAGUCAUUUACCCUUCGUGGUGACAACAGAUCCCUGGCUUCUGCCCAGAAGUUAUCAAACAGAUCAACAGUCCCAAUGCCUACCAAGAGGAGAAGUAGUGUUCUGUGGUCAGAAAAGUUAGAUAUCAAUAUGAAGGAGUCUUUAACUACCAAUGAAAUCAAACGUCAGGAGGCAAUAUAUGAACUGUUCCGGGGGGAACAGGAUUUAAUUGAGGAUCUCAAGCUUGCAAGAAAGGCCUACCAUGACCCCAUGUUAAAGUUGUCUAUUAUGUCAGAAGAGGAACUUGCACAUAUAUUUGGUGAUUUGGAUGCUUACAUACCUCUGCAUGAAGAUUUGUUGGCAAGAAUAGGACAAGCAACCAAGCUUAGUGGAACAGUGGAGCAGAUUGGUCACAUUCUUGUGAACUGGUUGCCAGGCUUGAAUGCCUACAAAGGCUACUGUAGUAACCAGCUAGCAGCCAAAGCUCUUCUUGAUCAAAAGAAACAGGAUCCAAGAGUCCAAGACUUCCUUCAGCGAUGUCUGGAGUCUCCCUUCAGUCGAAAACUAGAUCUUUGGAGCUUCUUAGAUAUUCCUCGAAGUCGUCUAGUCAAAUACCCUUUAUUAUUAAAAGAAAUUCUGAAACAUACUCCAAAAGAUCACCCUGAUGUUCAGCUUCUGGACAAAGCUAUAUCAAUAAUACAAGGAGUUCUCUCUGAUAUCAACGUGAAGAGAGGCGAAUCAGAAUGGCAAUAUUACAUUGACAAACUGGAGUAUCUGGAUGAAAAGCAGAAGGACCCUAGAAUUGAAGCAAGCAGAGCAUUGCUCUGCCAUGGGGAACUGAAGGAUAAAAAUGGACAUAAACUUUACAUUUUCCUGUUUCAAGACAUCUUGAUUUUGACUCGGCCUGUUACACGGAAUGAGCGCCUCUCUUACCAGGUUUACCGGCAGCCAAUCCCAGUCCAGGAGUUGGUUUUGGAAGACCUGCAGGACGGAGAUGUUAAAUUGGGGGGGUCCUUUUGAGGGGCUUUCGGCAACUCAGAUAAAGCUAAAAAUAUCUUUAGGGUUCGCUUCCAAGAACCCUCUUCAGGGCAGUCUCACACCCUGCAAGCCAACGAUAUGUUCCACAAGCACUAGUGGGUCAGCUGUAUUCGCGCUGUCGUCGCCCCUUUCCGGCAGGUCUCCAGCCCGGCUGAGCUGCAGGGGCUACCGCAGCUCCACGAAGGGCGUGAGAAUGACCCCGCUGCCGGCAAUGUCAGAGCCCAGAGGAGAGCGUCCACGGCCUCUAGUGUGACUCAGGUCGAAACUGAAGGCGACGCUUCAGAAUGUGGCUCCUCGGUGCCCACCACAAGUCACAUCAAGAGCGUGAAAACCCACCGGACACAGCCUGGCUGCCGGAAAGCCAGGGACAAAGCCCCAAACAGUGGCAAACGGAAGGAGACUUUGGUAUAAAGGAAGCCCUGUGCACUAACUAGUGGAGAGACUGUUAAUUUAUAAAUGUGUACAGUUUGUUUUUCUUUGGAAUGUGAGCAUGUAACGAGCAUCACAGGGUCACUUAAUACCAGUCUUAACACCUAUGGUUUUGGUGGUUGUCCCUUUUUUAUUUUUUCCCAAUGGCAGCUAAAGAUAUAUAUGCAGAUUACUGCUGAACAGCAGGGGCUUUUUUGGGGUUUGGUGUUUG